AAUUUACAAAGCACUGUUGCUCCCGAUUCCCAGAGUGCUAAAAAUCCUGCAACCUAUUUCUUUACAAGUAGGACUCCACUUCAUUCAUGGCUUUUAAUGCAGCGAGCUGUUUAACAGCUGUGAGGAAUGUUUUAGGACAGGAAGCCGGAGCCCUUCGGAAGCACACCAGGCUCUGCUGUACCUCCAGCAGCCAGAAAAGCUCUGGAGCUCUGUGCUGACAGGAGGGACCAGGCUUUUGUCAGUCAGCCUGGAAGCACAAGGUGUGAAAGGAUUUUUGCUCGCUCAGGAGUUAUCCCAGGACAAGCAGCCUCUGCUCAGGGGAACUUCCAAAUGAAGGGAGUGGCCGAAAUGUCCCCAAAUCCCACAUUUGUAGGGAUCCCACAGUGGUGUGUGGGCACUUUUAUCGUGUCACCAGUGCUCAGGUGUCCCUCUGGGGGCUGGCUGCAUGUCUGGCCAUGGGAUAGAGGGGACUGUGACAUGUGUGGUCACAGUGACCACUUUGGUGUGACCAGACCACAGCGCAGCAUCCGAUGGGACAUUUGGCUCCCCACGGGACCUGCCACUCCUUAAUUAGGGACAGUGACACCUCCAGCCAGGUGCUGGGAAAUCCUGGGAUCUGUCUGCUCCUCCAAUCCCUCCCGUCCUGGCCAUGCCCAACAUCUCAGCAGAGAUAAAUCCUCCCACUGGUGCCACACGAGGUCAGGCCUUGCUCCUUUGUGACACCAGCCCAGAAUUCCGCAUGACAACGGAAUGUUCCAACAUCAGUGCACAGCCCCUGCCAAGAUCCCCAAAGCCAGGGUGGAUACCAUCCAGCUCCUCGUGGAAGUGUUCUGAAGACAUUAAUCUCCUGUCAGGACCAGAGAAGUAUCCUGGAUUUCGACCAGCACCGAUGUCGGCACCCGCUUUCCAGCGCGAAGCGCGCAGCCUGUCCUUGCCGGAAUGCACACCCUACCACACCUCCAGGGACAUCCGCUACAUCUUCCUGGAGAGCUGCAGGAACAUCCCUGCCUCCCACCCCCUGGACGGGGCGGGCGCCAGCCACAUCCCCCACGGCGCCGCGUGCUGCCACCCUACAGCCCAGCACCACCUCAGCACAGACGACGACGGCGAUUCCUCUCUUCCUCGGCACCUCCCCGCCUUGGAGAGGGAAGCCACGGAUGUGAGAGGCUCCCCCGAGGCCAAGAAGAGGCUGCCGGUGUUCCGCCAGCUCUGCGGAGAGGCCGUGGAGGAGCUGAAGGAGUUUCCCGACGCCCAAGCGGCGCCGGGCAGCGCCAAAGGCUGGAGGAUCGCGCUGGCGGCCGCGUGCCCGACCUGCAACAAGGCAUGAACUGACUCUGAGAUAAUGUCUGCAAAAAAUACAAUACUGAUGGUGUCCUUCCGUGA